GCGCGUACACUUGGACGAUUUCUAACCUUUUCUUUCAAGUUGAACGAAUCAAUUGUAUUGUUGUAUUUACUGUAAUCUCAUGACAUUUAUUCACAGUAUACUGCACGUAGUUUUAAAGUUGCACUGAAAGAAAUUUUUGAAAUAUCAUGUUCCUAACAAACAUACUGUUGAGAAAGGCAAAGAGCAAGCGUGUCUUAGUCCUUACACAAAGUGUUGUAACCGGUCAUCAGUUAGUGCGCAUCAGAGACAGAUUAGCUGAUAAAUUAGAAUUUAGAUCCUUUGAUCCUUAUAUUCGAAAGGUCACGUUAUACAAAGAAAAGAGAAAAUUAUGUAGCUUAUAAUUUACAACUAUUAUAGUAUACUUAACAAAUAUUAUAUUAGGUGCGCAACUAAGUUCUCGCUGUUAUUUUGAUGGAAAUGCCAU